AUGAUCGUUCGGAUCGCCUUCUUGGCCAGCUUGCUGGUCAUUUCCACCUUUGCCUUUGAAUGUUCCCCUGACACCAUCCUCCGUAUGGCCACUAACAAGCGAGAGAAGCAGUUGGAAAGAGAAUGCCAUGACCAGAAAACCGGACAGGACAAGUGUGCUACAAAAGAUGAGCUGGAGAAGAGCUGGAAGGAAUUCCAAGACAUUUCUGAUGAGUACAAAGAGGCUGUCGCUGCUUGCAGAAAGUAUGUCGAGGAGAAGAGCAGACCAAAAAGAUUCACAAGAAAAGGUCAUAAGGAUGUGGAUUACAAGCUAUAUGAAAGUGACCAAAGUGUGAUUAAUGAGCAGCCAGAAUAUGAAGUGAUUGGUUCAAAAAUCUCUAAAAGAAGUGACGGAACCGUGCUUGAUGGAGACAUGGGAGAUCCAACUGAUGGACAAGAUACCAAUGAUCAUACUAGAAGAAGAAGACAUCACAACCACGACGGUCAUGGAGAGAAACAUCACGAGAACAUGGAUCACAAGAAGCAUGGAGAGCAUCGUGUACGCAGAAAUGGAGAUCACUAUCCAAAUGAUCCAAAUGUGGAUCACACUGGACAUAAUCACAGAGUCAGGAGAAAUACCGACGAUGAUCCAAGUGACACUACCAUUGACCACACUGGACAUAACCAUAGAAUGAGAAGAAGCGAUAAUGACGAUCCAAACGACACGACCAUUGGCCAUACCGGCCAUAAUCACAGACGCCGCCGUUCUGGAGAUCAUGAUCCAAACGAUCCAAACAUUGACCACACUGGACACAAUCAUAGACGGAAGAGAAAUCACGACGAUGACCCAAGUGACACUACCAUCGACCACACUGGGCAUAACCAUAGAAUGAGAAGAAGCGAUAAUGACGAUCCAAACGAUACCACCAUCGACCACACAGGACAUAACCACAGACGCCGUAGAUCCGGAGAUCACGAUCCAAAUGAUCCAAACAUUGACCACACUGGACAUAACCAUAGACGCAAGAGAAAUCACGAUGAUGACCCAAGCGACACCACCAUCGACCACACAGGACACAACCACAGACGCCGUAGAUCUGAAGAUCACGAUCCUAACGACCCAAAUGUUGACCACACUGGACACAAUCAUCGUCUCCGUAGACAUCAUCAAGCUUCUCGCAUUCGUCGCACCAUCUGCUCCACUGCUGGACACGAUCAACUAUCCGCAAUGAGCACCAAAUUCUCGAAGCACUGCGAACGCGAGAACAUCUGUCUCGCCGAUGAAGAUCUUCCAAAGGGAAAGCAGCAAGACGACAUCAUCGCUCUCCAGAAACUCAGAGCAAAGAAGUAUUCGGAGUAUCUCAACCAACUUUCCAAGUGCUACGGAAAACUCUAA